AAUGUUGCGGACUUAAGAUGAAAAGAGGCUGUGUAAACCGAGUAAGGACGAAGCCGGGAGUAUCCUGAGCAGCGCUCCGGUCCGAACAAAGCCAAGUUGUCCGUCUCGUCUGCUUUUUCGAAGAAGUGAAAUAAUGAAGGGCGGUUUCCAGGGUGCAAAAAGGGCUAAAAGUCAAAGUUGAAAAUAGUUUUAGGUUUAAACGUAGCCUACUCUGCAGAUCAAUCCUCGUCUGCCACCCACAGGUGUUCUGAUUUGCAUCAUGUGAGGCGCUGGCAAACUUGUUUGACGAGUUGCAGUGGCAGCGCAUUUCUGAUCACGGUCUCGUCCGGUGAACCACUUGCUGAUGGGCACCUUGCGCUGAACAUGAGAGCCGCGUGGGUCAAGAAGAUCUCCCUGCUCUUGGGAGGAAUAGUGAUUUUUUUAUACAUUGGCGUGCAGCUGAGCUCGAGGUCAGAGAGUGACAGUGUCCAGAAUCUGGACGCACCUCGACUUUUAAAAAGUUUUUCUGACCUGGAAGUAAGCAUCAAUAAUCUGAACAGUGCCAUUCAGUCAUUUGGGAAAAAGCAGGAUGACAUGCACAAAUUACUGGAAGAAGACAGAGCUGUGCAUAAAAACAUGGCACAGAAUCAGCCACCCCCAGAAAAGAAGGAAUUGGAACAGGCCAAGGUAGAAGAGGAAAAUAAGCCAGAGGGGAAGAAAUCAAAACUGUUCCCCAACUCGCCUCUGUUUAAGGAGUGGGGCGCUAAUCUGUCAGAAGAUGAGCAGAAAGAAGCUCAGGCCUUAUUUGAACUCUAUGGAUAUAAUGUGUUCCUCAGUGACCGGCUUCCUCUGGAUCGAGUUCUUCCAGACACAAGAGAAAAAGGGUGUUUGACAAAGACAUACCCUAAAGAUCUGCCGAGUAUUGGCGUGGUUCUGAUUUACCUGAACGAAGCUCUGUCUGUCCUUAAGAGGGCCAUCCGCAGUAUUGUGAACCGAACACCAAAGCAUCUUCUAAAGGAGAUUAUUAUGGUGGAUGACAACAGCUCCAAUGAAAACUUAAAGGAGCCACUUGACGCUUAUAUAAAAAGCAUCGAAGAAGAAAACCCCUCUCUUCGAUUUAUAAGAGUCCGGCACACUGAACAGCGUGGCCUUGCCUUUGCCAGGGCAUCCGGCUGGAGGGCUGCUACUGCUGACGUGGUGGCAAUUUUGGAUGCACACAUAGAAGUUCAUGAGCUGUGGGCUGAACCUUUGUUAACUCAGAUCAAGAAGGACCGUACUGUCAUAACAUCCCCUGUAUUUGAUCGGGUGAAUUUUGAUGACCUUCAAGUGAUCCAGUAUUUGCCAGCCUCCCAUGCAUUUGACUGGGCCCUGUGGUGUAUGUAUGAGAGCUUCACACCUGAAUAUUAUGAACAAAAAGACAGCUCAUUGCCCGGAAAGAGUCCCUCUGUCAUGGGAAUCCUAGUUGCAGAACGAAAAUUUCUUGGGGAAAUUGGAGUUCUUGAUGAAGGCAUGAAGGUUUAUGGUGGAGAAAACGUUGAGCUUGGGAUACGUGUAUGGACAUGCGGUGGAAGUAUUGAAGUUGUCCCAUGUUCGAAGAUUGCCCACAUUGAGAGGAAUCACAAGCCCUACAUGCCAGAUCUCUCCAUGGCCAUGAAGAGGAAUGCUCUGAGAGUGGCUGAAGUUUGGAUGGAUGAAUACAAGCACAAUGUUAACCUUGUAUGGAACUUGCCAUUUGAGAAUCACGGGAUAGACAUCGGUGACGUCAGUGAACGUAAAAAGCUGAGGGAGAAGCUGAAGUGCAAACCCUUCAAGUGGUAUCUGGAAAAUGUGUAUCCUAAAUUGGACCCCUGGGAGAACCUGGUGGCAUAUGGAGGAAUGAAGAAUCUCGAUGCUAACAUGUGCAUAGACCAAGGCCCUGUACCCGGUCACACGCCCAUUGCUUUUGCUUGCUACUACUAUGGACCCCAGCAUGUAUUUUACCGUACAAAUGGUGAGUUCUACAUUGGCGGCAUCAAGUCUCAUAAGUACAAUGACAAUCGCUGCUUAACCGACCAGGGCAACAAGGAGACUGAGCCAGGUCUCUUCAACUGUAGGGAGGCUCUGCAAAAGAAAAUGAGCAUUUACUGGGAUUUUUCACAGGGUAAAGAACUGAAGAAUAGAGAAACAAAAAGAUGCCUAGAAAUUCACAAUUCUAAACUUGUAAUACAGGAAUGCACUGGCCAAAGGUGGGAGGUGCAGAAUAUCAUAAAAGACUUUUGAACAACGUGUAUGUUUUGUUGAAAAUGUAACAAAAGAAAGUUAUUUUGAAUGCAUUUUUCAUAAGGUAUCAAGUGCAUUUUGUUUCAUUAUUUUUCUUUCAGUAAUCUUAUCCAAAAGAAACAUAGAUUUUGCUCAAUCUAUACAUUUCAGACCAAUCUGAUAAGUUUAACUGUGACUAAAAGAGCAUAGUUUAUUGAGAAAUGGCAAAGGAGAAAUUACAUUUUUCAGCUGAAGUCAAUAAAUUUUUGUCCCAUUGGAUUCUACCUGGACAGCUGAGGGAUUUUACACACUUUAUUGAAAGAUACCUACAGUGACUUUUUACCCACUGCCGUGAUUGUCUUGAAAUGGAAGGACAAAUUUUUAUAUCUAUUUGUGGCAUUUUUAAAGGUAUUAAUUUAACCUGUUUCACAAAACAGCUGUGCUGUGCUUGGUGAGUGAAAAGUGAAAGUAUAAAGUGUAAAGUGAUUGUAUAAAAAAAAACUAUGUUCAACAAAGGACUUUUUUGUUUACAUAAA